UUCUUGGCAUCUAAGAAGAAGCAAGCAAACAUCCUCUUGGCGCUCGGUCUUUGCGCUCCGCACAGCCUCCCGGGGUGCGGUCGUCUCGCUUUCCGGAAAAUGCAGCCCGCCCCGGGGCGGGACCGGCAGCGCCAGGGUCGGCAGGGCAGGUCAAAUACGUGUUUUGCAGGAGAGUCUGUUGAUACUGCCAGUAAGUGACGUGCCCUCGACCGGGGGAACGAACAAAAGGAAAAGAAAAAAAGGUGGAGAAGAUGGAGGAAGCAGAGGAGGAUGACAUGACACGUGGAGACUUGGGAAACGGACUUGGGAGAAGACCUGGGGGUGUUUACGGAGGGGAAGAUUUACAGAGCACACGUUCGUUUAGAUCGAGGAAGGACUCUGCGAAGGUUUGCACUUCUCUCUUGCCAAUAAAGAGAGUGGAAGAGAGUGAUGCUGCAGCUCUUCCUGGUUCCAAACGGAACAGUUUUUACGAUGGAACAUCCAAAAAGCCAAUUGCUGGUUCCAUGAGACAGAAUAGCUGCGAGUCUAAUACUGAACUAUCAAAAGAAGAACUGAAGCAGCAACUUCAAGAAGCUCUAGAGGAAGUUGAAAUUUUGAAAGUUGAACUUGAAGCAUCACAAAGACAGCUGGAAGGAAAAGAUGAAGCCUUAAGAAUUCUGCAGAGCAUGACAGUAUUUAAUAAAGCCACUAGCCAUACAAAAGCAAUGCUUCAAAAAACUGAGGAAGAAAAAAGAACUUUAGAAAAGGAAAUAAGUUUUUUGCAAUGGGAAAUUGAAUUUGACCAGGAUAGAUUUAAAAAUAUAGAAGAUGCAUGGACAGAAAAAUAUGACAGGAUAUAUUGUGAAAAUUCAGCUCUUAAGGAAGCACUGAAACUGAGAACAGAAGAAGUUAAAACUCUUCAAGCUGAAAAUGCAAUCCUGAAUCAGCAGUGCUUGGAAUUCCUUGCAAUGCUAGAUGCGAAGCAGCAGAAGAUUAUUCAGGAAAACAUGUCCUUGAAUAAAAGUGACAUUACAGAUUUUACAAGUCUUGAACUGGCAAUUCUUGGAGCCUGCACCUGCAAUACUUCUGGAGGGCAACCUUGUCCUUGUGCUAAAAUGGCAGCUGUAACUCGAAAGCAACUUCUUCAUCUCAAGCAAGAGAUUGAAAAUCUGAAGAAGAGUAAAGAUGAAGCUUAUAUAAUGGCAGAUGCCUUCAGAAUUGCAUUUGAGCAGCAAUUAAUGCAGAGGAAGGACCAAGCCCUGAGGCUUGCAGAAGUGAUAAAGAUUAAGAAGGAAACAAAAUUUAUAAACUGGAGACGCCUGAAAGAUGAUGGACAUGUCAAGUUACAAGGGAACAAGAACAGUCUAGGGCGAAAAUUAUCUGGCCUGCUUUCCUCAGAUGGGGACUGUCGGAAAGUUGAACAGCUAGACAAUCCUCAUGAAAUCCUGAAGAUACUAAUAGAUUUGGUAAAUGACAAAGAGGAGGCUCUCGCUCAUCAGAGGAAGGUUAGUUACAUGCUGGCUCGUGCAAUGGAGACAAAAGAGGAUGUUUUGGAACAGGAUAGAGGAAAUGGUGUGCUGGGGAGUCAUCUGUGCAAAGCUGAGGGGCCAUGUUGCCAGAAACUCAGUUCCCAAAACAGUAUUUCUUCAGUACCUAGGGCAAAAAUAUUUGAAUAUCCCAUAAAAAUCCUUCGAAAAUCACACUCCUGGCCAUCUGAGACAAUGCACUGCAAAGAAAAUAAUCCACAUGAACAAGGAGAUGAAACUGUUGUGAUCUCCCUAUAGCCAUCUACUGGAAUAAAGUUAUUUUAAAAAAAAAAAGAAA